UGAAGCGCAGCCAAGGCGAUGGAGAGAAACCGCGUCAAAAUGCUCGUUUAAUGUUGGAAGAAAAGUAAGAUGCCCGGUUUAGUGUCAUGCCUUGGCGAUCUAAUAGUCACUGGAAUCAUCAUCCUCUUCUCUGACCACGUCCAAUCAGAGAUAUGGACCAAUGAAGUUUCAGACGUCCAGUUCGGUGGACUGGGCUCCAGGGUCACGCUCACAUGCGGAGGCGCUCACGGCGGGUCUCCGGUGGAAUGGCGGUUCAAUGGGAGCUCAGUACCACCGUGGCAAACACACAAGGGCUCGCUUACACUACUGAACACCACGCACUCGAUGGAAGGCAACUACAGCUGCCAUGAUGAACGAGGAACAUUACUGCAGUCCAUCAAACUACGCCUGGGCCAUCCGCCUAACUUCGUCAGAGUUUCUUGUCGUGUGCCGAAUCAUAUGAAAAUCUACUGCUCCUGGGUACAAACUAAGACAACACACCUGCCCACGUUAUACAGAACCUCCUACAGUGUUAAUAAAGGCAGAGAGGUGGAGCCCUGCGAGCAGGAGCACAUUGGGGUGAAUGAGUGUAUGAUUUCUAACCCACCGUUCUGGACCUCAAAGUUCCUGGUGAACAUCACCGAAAUCAACCCUCUGGGAUCCAACUCCACCAUCCUCCAGAUAGAUGCUCAUGAACUCUUGAAGCCGUAUCCUCCCGAGGACUUCCGAGUUCUUCAGGUGGAAGGUCAGCCCACUCAGUUACUGGUGCAGUGGAGUUGUCCUUCAUCCUGGCCAGCUGAAAUCCUGUCUGCUUUUCCCUUAACCUUCUCACUGCGCUACCGGCCGAUCGGCUCCAACUACUGGUCGACACUGGAGACAGAGGACAACACUAGUCUAAAGAUCAUGGACGCUCUAGUGGGUCACCUGCAUCAGAUCCAGAUCAGAGCUCAGGACGCCCUGAUCAACCACAGCCAGUGGAGUGAAUGGAGUCAUGUGGUAGAAGCCCAGCCGUGGAUCGAGCCAUUGGAAGAGCCAACAGAGGAACCGAUGGAUUUUAGCUUUCCAUUUUUCAACUUGUCAUUUCCAGUGAGGACGACAGACAAGUCUCCAGAUUCAUCAUUUCACCAGAACGGAAGCCUCGGACUGUUGAUUUUGUUGGGUCUGUUUGCAGCGGUCAUGGUGUCUGUGUUAUUAACCGUCAUCACACUUCUACGGGUCAGACAGAGAAAACAGGACAAUGUGAAGAAACAAGAACUGGCUUCCAUGGUGAAGAUGAAGUCCAUACCGAUCUAAAAUUUGAGAAGUUGGCCGUCUCCAGUUCGGCCCUCAUAGGGCAUCAGUAUAUAGGGAAUCAGCAUUACCCACAAUCCACCUCUCCUCUCGGCCUCUCAGAGUCCCGUGAACUGUGAACAUGUACAGUCUCCAAUGUAGCACAAUGCAAUGGAAAAAACACAAGGAAUUCCUUACUCCUUUACUCUUCUCCUUUCACAGCAAAUUCUUGGACAAUGAAAAACAUCUUUUUAUAUUGCUCUUUUCCUUCCGAUAUUCACCGCACUCCACUGGACUCCACUUCUGACACACGCUGUGCUGUGAAAAGGCAUUUGGCCGGACACACGGGGCAUUAUGGACACUCUUUCACCUUUAGACAGCUGCUAUCUUUGGAAGACAGAAGGUUGGCUGUCUCGGCGCUCCAGCGAAGGAAGCGUAGUCUUUCUGUGGAGAGACAAAGACUGCUUUGUCUUUCUUCCAGCGAGAUUUCUUCUCAGAAAGCGCCGCUCAAAACAGGUGGACACAUCUGCAGUUGAUUGGCUUCGUCUGGUGAGUUCCCAGCCAGAUGUGGCAUCUAAAGCAUCGCGUUCUCAAUGCGAUAAAUGCGUUUCGUUUCUCUGGACUGAUUGAAUGGAGACAUGAAUGUAAAUCAGUCUUACGGUGUCACAUUUGUAAGGUGAUUAAAGCUGAUUGUUUCUAUGUUGAAGCUAGUAGAUAUUCACAAUAUGAAAUUCUAUCGAAGCUCAUCUAUAAAAUGAUAUCGCUAUACAUUUAUGCAGUUAUAUUGUAUGAUAGUUUGUAUACAGCAUACUGUUCUGUUGUACAUUGCUCUCCAGUGACAUAAAGCUCGAUGCAUGCGUUUUUUGUAAUUCUUUGAAAAUAUAUGAUUUUAUUGAAUGAUAAGAUUUUAGUAUGCAUAUCCUUCCUAUAGGUACAAACAAACAAAAAUAAGGAACGUUGUCCAAAGAAAGACAUAAAGUGGUUAAUGUCUGGAAUAUGCAUCUAUGGAAGCUUGUUUUUUUUUAUCCAUGGGAAAACAGUAAUUCUGACUUUUUUUUAAU